GUUCGGUGAGGAUUUCAGUGGCGUGAAAAUUCCUUUUGGAUUCAUUUGGAAAGAAGAAUACCUGGUCGCUCCGUUGGACAAAAUUGAGGGUGCUAUCGAAGCCAACGACCUGAAAAUAAUUCGGUCCAAGAAGAUUGACUUAUUGCAAGGGGAUUUUGUGUUUCCCCUAGCGUUGGGUCUGGAAGCUCUGGGCAACCAGAAGCCCCCUCAACUUGAUGACCAAAACGCCAACGUCCGCCCAGCGGGAGUUGAAGCCGUCGAGGAUGCAGAUCUCGCCGAGUAUGCACCAUCCGAUGACGAAGGAGAAGCGAAGGGCUCGUCUGAGCCAGGACCAAUUGAUCCACCUCCUUCGGAGGCCCAAAAGAAGAAGCUAAAAGUUCACUCCGGAAGGGUCUUUGAGAUCUGCGCUUUGAAGGGAUCGGAACUGAAAGAGGGAGACCCCAAUCGUAAGUACAAGGGCAGAUCCGUGUUUCAGGGCAACAAGGCCGAUGCACGUCAAGCGUACACCCAGGCCUUGUUGAAAGGAACGGAGACCUGGGUUCGUCUUCCAAGGAACCGCUGGCCAAAAGCUUGGUCCAGCAUGAAGGACCCUGUCGCACCAUUGCGUCUUGCAGUGUACGGCCAUCCCGAUUCCGGAGGGACUUGGGAACAGCAUUGUACUAAGGAACUCACUAAGGCUGGUUUCGUCGCUGUUCUACCUGAUAUUUGGCCUUCGGUAUUCCAUCAUCCUAAACUGGACCUCCUCUUGGUUAUUUACGUUGAUGACUUUAAGAUGGCUGGCCCGGAAAAGAAGAUGGCAAAGGGAUGGGAGUUGCUUGGGGAAUUCAUCGAUAUGGACCCCGCUGAAGUACUGGGCAGAUACUUUGGUAGCAUGCAUCAUGAGGAGACUCAAAUCAGAUUGCCAGCGUCUGCUCACCCGUUCCACGAGGUCUUUGAGAAAGGCACUAAGUCUGCAGCUGCUACUGUCCGGCAUGAAGAUUAUUGGGAUAUCGAUCCUGAGAACAUGUUGGCUAUUAAGCACCAUUGUUACCCUCGUAAACGUUUGUAUGUUCCCACCGAGGACGACGUUUCCAUGUUCCCCACUAUGACCACGUCUAGGUGCACUGUUGCCUUGAAUCAGGGGGGGAAGGAAGAAACUGUUAUACAGGACGAUUUCAAUGAAAGGCUCUCCACACCUAUGUCAAAUUGGUGGACCGGUGAGACCUACUCUGACCUGCAAGGCCGUGAUCCUGAUGAGCUAAAGGUUGCCGUAGCAGCUGCCCGCAAGGGCAAGCCUAUCAGGGACAAAGGCCAGGCAAAGAAAGAAGUCAAGAGCAAUCGUUUUAUAACCAGCGGUGACGACCAGAAGAACAAGAGGGUAGGCUGCAUGACCAAGCCCGUCAACCGUGUUACGUAUGACAUGGCAGACUUCCUUGAAACGUGUGUUACCAGAUAUUGCGUGUUGGCUAAGGUAUCAAGGGAUACGUUAAAGCCCGUAUCAACACCCUUUCACGACCAGCGUACCGCUAGGCCCCUUGAAGAAAAUGAGAAGGUCGGGCGGUUGCAACCCAUUGCAAGCAAGGUCCUCAUGAAGAUAUUGUUUGCAGCGCGUAUGGCUAGAUGA